AUGAGGAAAGUCCACGAUAAUAAUAAUGUUCGGAUAUUCACAGAAGAUGAAAUAAAAAGAAUUACAAAAAACUAUAGAACUCUCAUUGGAAAAGGUGGAUUUGGAGAAGUCUUUAGCGGUGACCUUGAUGAUGAUGAUGGUCAAGUUGCGGUAAAGAGAUAUAUCCGUGGGGAUUUAAGAGAAGAGUUCAUGGAAGAGGUUAGAAUCCAUGCCCAAAUGAGCCAUAAGAAUAUAGUGAAACUUAUAGGCUAUUGUAUUGGAGAAAACACUCUAAUGAUGGUAACUGAGUUUAUCUUGAAUGGUAGCCUUGAAGAUGUACUUUGCAACAGGGAAAUUUCCAUCCCUUUGAAUACACGCUUGGGCAUUGCUGUAGGGUGUGCAGAAGCAUUGAGCUACAUGCAUUUAUCAAGUGACAGCCUUGUAUAUCAUGGUGAUAUUAAGCCUGGAAACAUUCUUCUAGAUGCCAAUCUUACUGCCAAAGUUUCCGAUUUUGGCAUCUCAAAAUCUCUUUCUGGAGGCCUCACUCGAUAUACUUUACAUAUUAUGGGGUGUGAAGAUUACGUGGACCCUUUAUAUGUCAGAGAUGGCCGUCUUACCCCAAAGAGUGAUGUUUAUAGCUUUGGGAUAGUUCUUUUGGAACUCAUAGCUCGAAAAAGAGUAAAACAGGACGGCGUUAACUUAAUUAUAUCCUUUGGUCAAGCUUGUGCAAACGGAAAAGGGCUGAGGGAACUGUUCGAUGCAGAAAUAGUAGAGGAGUGCAAUAUGAAUGUUCUUGAAGAAAUAGCAAAAUUGGCAAUUGAAUGUCUGACAUUGGACAUUGAAGAACGCCCUAAAAUUAAUGAUGUGGCUCAACGCCUUCGGACCCUUCAAACUCAUAGGGAGGGGCAGGAAAGUGCAGCUCGGAAAUCUUCUUCCUCACGAAUGCUGAACGCAUUAAGGAAAGGGUACAAGCAAAGCACAAGCAUUUUCAGCUCUACUCCUACGGCCAACCAUAGGCGGAAUGCCAUUUCGGAAAUAAAAUCUGAGAUGGCUAAACAACACAAUUUUAGAAGUUUCACAAAGGAGAAUCUAUUUGAAGUCAUGGGGCGUUACAAAUCUCCUCUUGGUGACAAAGGGUCUGGCAUUGGUAGGUACAAUAAAGGAACACUAGAGGACAAUAUGUUGGUGGUAGUGAAAAGUCACCUUUCAGAUGAGGAUGUCUUCAUGAUUUUUUAUGAAGCAUCCAUUGUGUCCCAGAUCGUUCACGAGGGCAUCAUAAAACUUUUGGGGUAUUGCUUUGAUGCUGAUUUUCCCAUGCUAGUAUAUGAGUAUGUUGAUCGAGGGAGUCUAUACGACAUUCUGAAUAGUGCACAAGAUAUCCCACUAGGGUUACGCCUGAAGAUCACGGUAAAGACUGCAGAAGCAUUAGAUCACCUUCACUCGUCACCAUUCUGUGUGAGACACGGUGAUGUCAGGUCGACCAACAUACUCUUAGACAAAAACCUAAUGCCAAAAAUCUCAGGUUUUACAUCAUCAAGAAGGCUUACCAAGGGCAAUUUGGAUGAUCCGAGCUACAUCGACCCAAAAUUUCUACAGUCUGAUGUCCUGACAACUGAAAGCGAUGUCUACGGUUUUGGUAUUAUUUUGCUAGAACUCAUUAGCAGGAAGAAACUUUUAUACCAGGACAAGAAACACUGCCCGGUUCGCCUCAUCCCUGAAUUCAUCAAAGCUUAUAAAACAGAAGGUAGUGGGAAUGCAAUGUUUGAUAAAGGAAUUACAGCCAAAAAAGAUAUCGUGGUUCUUGAAAACAUCGGGAGGUUGGCACUGAGGUGCCUUAGCAUGGAAAUAAGGCCGACAAUGAAGGAUGUGGCUGAACAACUUGGGAUGAUCCGAAGGGCUUGGAAACAGCAUGCACCACAGGGGCAUGGAUGCACAGGCUGUUGGCAUCUAUGA